AGCUCAUUCAUGUACAGUGGCAGCUGAAAAUUUUUCACGAGGAGAAAAGAUACGCCGAUCUGUGAUCUUGCUUAAUAUAAUACAUAUUAUUUCAGAGUAUCACAACCCCGUCGUUGAUGAACACACGUACAUUAAAAAUAAGGAACAAGUGGGUUCCCUUCAGGUUUUCUUCUUUUCCCAAGAAAGUCGAGCAUUGAAGGCCGAAGCUGCGCGUCAGAACGUCACUCAUUCAUGGGGAAUUUGGCCAAUAGAUUUGGUCUACAAGCCAAGUUCGUUUCAGAAGCGGGCUUCCCCUUCCAUGACGCCAUUACUUCCAUGGUUUUGCCCUGUGUUUACCGAGUAUGAAACAGGUAGCAUGUCUUUUGCCUGUAAAAAUGGUGCAAUUAAAGUGAGGGAGGUAGACCCAAGGAUGGGAAGAGGAGGGAGAAGGGUGGUGGCUCAUUAAUGGUACAUAUUCUCUUCAUUAUCUAAAAUUAAAUUCUAGGUGGAAACUGUCACGCCUUCAACCAAUUGGGAUGCAAGAAGCUUCUCAGUAUUAAAAAACUGCCGAACGGGGUCACCGCUCCGCACCCUUUCCCUUCUUUCCUCUACUUGUUUUUCAUUUUACUUCUUCCCCGUUCUCUCCAAGUGGGGGAGAAUCUGCAGAGGGAGCUUGAUCAUGGAAAACAAGAAGGGUCAUGACGUCCAUGGAUCCGGUGGUGAUGGAACGUCUCUGAAAGAACCAGGAAAGGGGGAGGGUCCGGGCAAGGGUGAUGAAGCAGAUCAGGGAGAUGGGGAGGAAGGACUUCCAGAGUCGUGUGUGAUUGACGUGAGGCAGGAGGAUGCAGAAGGUCGAUCACGCGAUCAGGGUGCCGCAGAUAAAGAAGGACAAGAGGAAGAAAGAGGAGGGGAUGGAGAGAGGGAGUGCAGAAUCUGCCAUCUUGGUACCGAGGAAUCACAGCAGUCGGGGCAGGGAGGGCUCAUCCAUCUCGGCUGCGGCUGCACCGACAGUCUCGGCUUUGCCCACAAACGUUGCGCCGAGGCCUGGUUUAUGACCAGAGGCAGGAAAGAGGAUGAACUUCCCUCUGCUGUUAAAGGGCAUCUGCUUCAGACACAGGUGUACACGCGUGAUCAGCUGGCCACCAUCUGAUCUUGUUCCAUUUGGCAGCGACUCUGUUGUAGCUGUAUUAAACCAACAGGUGGUUCCCUCGUCUAUUUUGGUUGGACGGUCAAGUCAUGAAAGGCUUUAUCCAAACUGUGUUCCUUGCCACACUGAGUUCAUUUAAACUACUUCAAAGUAAAACUCAGUUUAUCUCCAAUUACCAUCAAAUUUUCUCAAUGAAAUAGAAGUAGAAAAGUAGUAAGAGAACUAGAGGACUCCAUCUGAAGUAUAUAUGAUCAAUUAGCUUUCAUGGUCGUUCAAUCGGCCUCCCGCUCAACUGCAGUUAGUGCAGCUGAGAGAGAGUUCAGACCAAACAAAGGUGCACGCGCGCGCGCUCUCUUGGAAACAAAUAAAAGUGUGAAGAAUUAAGUGCAGAUUCAUACGAAUAACAAGCGUUCAUCAGCCUCCGGUAUUUUCUUCAUAUUACGAUUGUUUUACAGAUACAUAUGGCUUAGAUUUCACAAAGAGGGACGAUCUUGCAGGACUUACUUCACUCCCAUUGUGUUCACGUGAAUUAAAGCAAACCUUCAAAAUCUUUGCAGUUCUCAGAGAUUUUGCUUGAAAAUUUUAGGUUGAGUUUGAAUCCUGCCACUUUGUUCUGUUUCUAUAAUGUUUUCCCAUCGACCAGCUUUACGAGGGCAACACUGUGAGAAAGCUCAAUUAGCGAAGAUCAAACCAUAAAAUCUUCUUUCCCGAAUUUAGUUUGAGCUAUCUAACAUGCAACGCCUGCGCCGUAACUCUGUUGAGCUGUUGCAUUUGCGAAAAUCUGCUGGAAAAAUAACUAGCUAGAAAAUCCUGCAGAAAUUUUGUGGCCUCCAAUUGAUUUAAUCACCUCGGCCACUUACUGUCAACAUGAUUACAAGUCCUUUUCAACUGAACCAAAACUUUGGACAUGUAAUCAACAAUUAAGAACCUAUAUUACAUUAGAGAUUUCCCGACGGCAACUGCAAAAUGAAUUACUCGUAUCGACGAUGGAGAAUUCGACAUUUCUCACAGAAUUUAUUUAAUCAGGCACUUUUUUUUUUGUUAAAUAGAUGACAAGACAUGCGUGCAUUUAAAAAAUGCCUGUCGCUGUUCUUUCUUCGCCAAAUUAACUGGAUGGCAUUGAAAUUGAAAGUAUGUACUAAUGGGCAAACAAAAAGGAAAUGAGGAUACAGACAAAUUAGUGGUCAACGUUUACUUGUAUAUAUGUACAUUUGGCGUUGUCCUAUUCGCCAAAAGCUCGGCUGGUGGGGUCCAGUGCGUUUGCAAGUCAAUGGAUUCGCCGCUGCUUUCUCACUUGUAUAAGGUUGAUUGUUGCACGGCUGUGGUCCCGCCUUUUGGUCCCAGUAAAAUACAAAGUCAAUCUCUAUUAAAAUACGGUUUUUUGCUUUUUUGGAUUUGACUUUUCCUGUUUUGGUAUAUUUUAAAUGCGAUUGAGCUUUUUUUUUCGUACAAUUUAAAAUAUUCAAGUCUAAAUUAUAUACAUGGUCAAUAUCGCCUUUUAAUAUGUUAUAUCCUUCUUUGAAAGAUGGAACAGCCCCUUCUUAAUUAUAUAUAUAUAUAUAUAUAAGAGUAAGCCAAGAUCUCAUGUUUAGGUGAUGACUUUUAAAUAGAAUGUUUAAAAAAUUUUAACCGGUGCCAACUCUUAUUUUUCGGAUUUAAUGUAACCAUGGGUCGUAGUAAAAUUUUUUUGGCUCUGACACUGCUCCGCGUAAUACUUAUCACACUUUUUCCUACAUAUCAUUUAUAAAGCUUCCAGUUUUGUUUCUCCUUGUGGGAAAAUACAUGUAUAAAGUAAAUCCAAACUGUUCUAUCCCUUUCAUGUUGGUCAGUUCCAAAAAUAUGUAGUAGAUCUCAGCACAACCCACAUGGCAAAUUGUUUGAAGAUUAACUUUGCGUAUUGAUUAAUAUAUAUAUAUAUGCAUGCACAUUGUGAAUGUUGCUCUCUUCUUUUUCCUUUUGUUUUCUUCGA